GCAAACCAGGACAUCUCAUAUGGCUGAGAACUGCUUAAGGAUCCAGCCAAUUCCCCACAGUAAGGCCCUCUGGAGACUAACCCACCAACAGGAAAAGGAAACUGCUAGAGAAAGGGCGGGCCUACAGAACCUGGGUAGCAGCAGCCAUCCUCCAGACAGUGCGGUUGUUCCAGACAGAGUCAGUACCAUGAGCCACAAUUCUCAAGCCUUCUUGCCCACCAAUGCCGGACUCCCUCCGAGCUAUGAGACAAUCAAAGAGGAGUACGGGGUGACUGAGCUGGGGGAACCCAACAACUCAGCUGUCGUGAGGACCACUGUGAUCAACAUGCCCAGAGAGGUCUCUGUGCCUGACCAUGUGGUCUGGUCCCUCUUCAAUACACUCUUCUUCAACGCCUGCUGCCUGGGCUUCAUCGCCUAUGCCUACUCUGUGAAGUCCAGGGACAGGAAGAUGGUGGGCGAUGUGAUUGGAGCCCAGGCCUACGCCUCCACUGCCAAGUGCCUGAAUAUCAGCUCCCUGAUCUUCAGCAUCCUUAUGGUCAUUAUCUGCAUCAUUAUUUUCUCUACCACUUCUGCGGUAGUCUUUCAAUCACUUUCACAAAGAGUGCCACAUUCUGGAUUCUAGCUGCCCUGUGUUCCAUGGUCCACCUUUGGCCCUCCCCCUAGGCUGAGGCCUUGACCCUUUACCCUAUGCGUAUGCAAAUGUUACCUUCACAUAUCUGUCCACAGUGGAUUUUCAAUAAAGUGCACGCGGUGGCAACUCUG